UCGAGGCUAGUGAAAUUUAGAAACCCCGCAUGUCUAUACCUGGAGACCCCAGUUAACAUUAACAAUUUCCCAUUUAUAAUAUCGCAUAAUAUCGUUCUAAUAAUUAUAAGAAAGGUACUGCCUUUAUUGUCCCCAGCACUAUUUGCAGUACCUGUGAAACAGUUUUUCGGGGGUUAAAACCACUUGAGAUAGGAUUAGCGCGUAAAGUGUGCCAUAAAAUUGACGAUUAUUUUUAUGGAGAUAAUUUUGAAACGCAAUAGUACCCAGGACUGACCCAUCAGUUGGAGUUGAGGCCUGAGGACGAAUUUUUGGAACGAAAAUUUUGUUUGUUUAGUUUGUUGAUUUCCAGUUAAGAAAUCUUAAGUGUUUUUAGCGAAUUUGUUUGUAACUCAGUGUUGUUUUCUGCAUUCGUGAUGUCUAUUGUAUUUGAAGGUGAAGAACAAAAUCGAAAACAGCUCACUUGCUAUUGUAAGGACCAUUGUCCCGAGGGAGAGUAUGGCACGUGCCACACGAAACCGGGAGGCAAGUGCUUUACGUCGGUGGAGCUGCGCAUUGGUCAAGACGAUGAAGUCGAACAGAAAUUAUCUUACGGAUGUCUUCCGCCCAAUGGAAUGGUAGAUUUUUACUGUCGUUCCAGACUGAUUUCAACCGCCCAGAAGAACAUUAUGAAAUGCUGUGACACGUACGAUAACUGCAACAAACACUUGUUGCCAGUUAUCAACGUCAAAAAACCUACGGGACCUAUUCCGUGGGACACUAAAACUUUAAGAGUUCUCAUAUCGUCGAUAGCAGUCAGCCUGGUUGUGUUUAUAGCGAUCUCGCUGGCCGUCUACUUCAGAUACAGACACAAGGAGAAGAAGCACAAGAAGAAGAAAGAGCAGAACAAGGAAAUUAACAAAAACGACAUCAAUAUCACGGAUACUACGUACCUGGACAAAGAGAUGAGUGACAGAGUUGUGGAAUGCAGCCAGUCGAGUACGAGUCUGGAUUUUGCAGUGAUGGGAGUGGUGCAAAGAACGGUCUCCAAACAGAUUCAGAUGGAUCUUAAAAUUGCAUCAGGUAAAUAUGGCGAAACCUGGAUAGGAAGUUGGAGGGACGAAAAAGUGGCUGUAAAGAUGUAUGUCAAGAAAUAUGAGGACGAAUGGAAGUGGGAAGCAAAAACUUAUCAAACGGUGUUGAUGAGGCAUGAAAACAUAUUGGGCUACAUAGCAUCUGAUAUUACAGGUACAGGACCAUCAUCAAAGUUUCUGACAGUCACGCAAUACCACGAGCUGGGAUCUCUUCGUUCAUACCUUAAACGUAACAAGUUAAAUCCAGCCGACCUCCUCAAGUUGGCGCGAAGCCUCGCCAGGGGACUCUGUUACCUUCACCUGGAAAUUUCAGGUUGCAAGGGCAAACCUGCCAUAGCCCACAACAACCUCACCACCAAAUCAAUCCUUGUAAAGGCAGACAAGGAAUGUUGUGUGGGUGAUUUUACGAAGGCAGCUAAAUACGACAACUCACAGAAUAAAAUUCAUGUUCCUGAAGACUACUAUAAUAACGAGUUUCGAUAUUUAGCUCCUGAAAUACUUGCUGAAACGUUUGACGCCAGGAACUUCGAGAGUUUUAAGAUGUCCGACGUGUAUAGCUUCUCUUUGGUUCUAUGGGAGAUGGCGAAUAGAUGUGAAAUAGAAGAUUUGGUAACAGGUACAUCGUAUAAGUUACCUUAUGAAGAUACAAUAUCGAAUAAGGAGAAAACGUGGUCUGCGAUUUAUAGUAUAGUGAAAGAAAGUAAACCAGAGAUUAAUGAAAAAUGGUUGAAUGAUCCUAUACUUAAAGUAAUCACGAAGUUACUUGAUGAGUGUUGGAAUACGAAUCCAUCAGCCAGACAUACGAUUUUAAGAAUAAAGAAAACGUUACUGAAACUUAACCCUGAUUCUCUCUGAUAACUUUCACUAUUUAUUCGUACUCACUAAUUACAAAAUUGUAAACAUUAUUAAGAAAAGAUAUUAGAAAGAGACAUACAUUCUGAAGAAUAAAAAUGUCGAAAAUUAUUCUUUUAACAAUUAUUAUCGUCAAUAUUGUUUGAAGAAUAUUUCUGUAAAAAUUUUGGAAAUGUACUUAAAACAGAGGAUGUUCAAUUUUACAAAAAAAAUACUAUAAUAAAGCUAAAAGACCAUAUGGUUUCUUAAAACCAAGUAGAAGUUUUAAAUACAGAUUUUUAGUAUAAAAUAAAACCUUACCAGGUGAAAAUAUCGAAUCAUAUACAGGGUGGGUCUUAACUAGGUGCAAAUAGUUUUAGGGGUAGUUCAUUAAUAUUUCGACAAC